CAUCACCGAUCACACCAUCUUCCUUCACGGUUUCCCUCCGAGCACAAGAAAACCAAAUGCAAAAGCAAAACCUCGCCAUCUCUUUCUGCCUUCCUCUUUCAGACCAGAAAAACAAGAACCCAUCCAUGACAAGCAAAGAUACGGUGCCCCAAUGCCGGCGGGACGGUGGGGACGAUGACGCCAACAACUCGGGCUCGGACUCGGAAGCUCCCGAUGACUUUGAGUUCUGUAUACCAUCGUCCGGGGGCCUCGUUCCGGACGGCGUGGACGCCGCUGACAUGUGCGUCGCCGGCGAGGUCUUCUCCGGCGGCAAGCUACUCCCGCUGCGCCUCUCCUCGGCUACCGCCGCUGACGUGUCCGCCCUCCUGCUGCUUCGCUCGGACUCGCUGGACGGCGCCACGACGGUGGCAUCCACCAGCGACUUCAGCUCGCGCUCGGACAGCCGCAGUGCGAGCUCCAGCAGCAGCAGCAGCAGCGUGAGCCGAAGCGCAUCGUCCAAGAGCGCGUCCUCGGAAUCCAUCUCCCAAAGCCACUCGUCCAAGAGCGCCUCCUCUGACGCCGUCGCGCCGCGGCGGCGAUCAGUCACAAACAGUUUGUUCUAUGGCCACCCGAGCCCGUCACCUCGACCGCCCCGCCGGACUGGAGGCUCGAUGGCUACUUCCGCUGCGCGCCGCAGCACCGGGUCAGCGCCACCGGCGGCAUGGGGCGUCAACGUCAUACGACUGGGCGUCGUGGGCGCCCCAGAGGUGUACGCUCCGCGCGAGACCGAGUCCCGGAAAGUGGGGAGAGGCGGGAGCCGGAGCGCGAGGUUCGAGCAGCCGAGGCCCGCCGGUAAGGAGCCGGUGACGGCCGUGGAUAAGAAGCUCGCGCUUGGGUUAUUGGGAGCUGGCCUGGUGUGCUCGUGCUCGGCUGACGCCGUCGAGCCGGUGAGCUCUCGGGAGGCAGCUUCGGCGGCAGCCAGGCGGAGGAGAAGGAAUAAGGCGGAAGAGACGAAGAAAGGGGACGUGAAGAGCGGACGGGGCACGGUACGGAGGAGCAGGAUUCUGGAGUGGCUGGAGGAGCUAUCCAUUGCCAAGCCCAAGAAUUUCGUACAGAAAUGAUUCUGUAAUUCUUAUCUCGUUCUAGUUUUUUCAUUUUUUUCGUCUCCUAAAUUCUUUGAUGGCUAUGGCUCUGAAAAUGUUUGAAUUUCUUUCGAACACGCGAUUCAAUUGCUUGAAAAUA